AUGCCGGAGUCGCCCUCGACCAUUGGACUCGGCGCCGGAGCCGAACCGGUGUGGACUGGGGUCAACGGGACCGAUGCUAAGAUUUUACGGAGCGUCAGGGCCGGAGGAGAAGCGCCGGCCGGGCGACGACUUGGAGCGCCGUCCAGCAAUCUUGUGAACACGAGAAGAGGUCCUGGACCCAAGUGCGGAGGACGGGGCAACGGGGUCACCCGAGGGGGGGAUCCAUCAACCGGGCCAUCGACUGGGAUUCUACAUGCUGUGCCACAAGUUCCUGGGCUUGCUGGAGUCUCGGUCCGCGCGUCGAUUGCUUUUUUCUUGCCCUGCCCGGCGUCAUCUGGGGGUGCGGGUAUGUCCGGCGCCGAUUUUGUUGAGGGCGCGGUGCGGAGGGCUGUGGUGUGGGUUGGCCAAGCCUCGGCCGGGGGCGAGCAGGGAAGGAGGAGGCGACAGUGCGUGCGUGCGUGCGUGCGUGCGUGCGGCGGGGCUGCAGAGAGACUUGCAUGCCUCUUGCUGCUGGCUGGUCUUGGUUGCACGGGUUGA